AUGCGUUUCAAUCAUCUUAAUGCGCAUUGGAACAGAGCUUUAAACUUGGUUGCUGCUGAUGCCUCCCUCAUUUCAAAUCACUCCAACAAAGUUUCGAAGUCCUUCAUUCAUGACUUAGUAAUUAUUAACAAGUUUAAUGUUCUCAUUCAUCCUCCUCCAGCUCCUAAGAUCAUUGAUGUUAUUUGGCAUCCACCUUCAAGGGGCUGGAUCAAGUGCAACUCGGAUAGAUCUUUCUCCUCCAUUUUGGCUUCUUAUAGUGGACUGUUUCGUGACUUCAAUGUUGAUUUUCUACACGAAUUUGAUGAAAAUGUGCAUUGCAACUCUUCCUUGCAGGCUGAGCUUUGGGGAGUGAUUCGGGCCAUUGAGAUUGCUAAUGCUCAUCAUUGGAACUGA